AUGGAGCGCAAGCAGGAGCAGGAGAAGAGCUUCGGGGAAGGAGCGGCCAUGGCUAUGGAGGCCUCCUCCUCGGCGUUACGGUCGCUGCUGCACCGCAUGGCUCAACGAUGCGCCGGCUACCUGGGCCUCGCGGGGCCCCUAGCAUCCGACUACUCCCAGUCCCUUGGCGCUGGCGGCGAUCACCUGAAACCCACCGGCGCUGCAGAUGGCGUUGUGGUGCAGCCGGAGGAGGAGUUCACGGUCGUCCAGGUGCAGUCGAGAUCGAUGGCGUUUCAGAGCAACCGCAAAAUAGAUCAAGGAGUCGGUGGACGUGGCGGGAUCAAAUACUGA